CACCAAACGACGUCACACUUUAAGGGAGAGAAACAAAGGGACGUACAGAAAAAUUCAGGGGGUGUCGCAGAGGGGGUUUAGACUCAACAUUCCUACCAGCUGUGAACGUUCCCAUUCAUACAUGCGACUAGGUUGAUUGUUUUAGUCUAAAAUGCAAUGAUUUAGUUGACAAAAAACCGCUCCUUACAAAAAACGAGGCCACAAAACACCGAAAAAUUCGGCGACUGUGUACACAGAGUAAAAAGUUAUGAAACAAAUAGUGUUUAAUUCUUAUUUUCUUUUUAAUGUUUAAUAUUCUUGGUAUAAUGUCCAUCCAGCAGCAGCCUCGGCUGCGCUAGUCUAUAGGUUUAGGAGGGGCGCUCUCUGCUGCGCCGCAGCCGCUGUUGCAGCAGGGUGAGCUUCUUCCUCGGCGAGCAUGGAUACAAGACGGUUCCUCCUCAUCCUCUGCGUCUGCUGAGAUUUAUGAUCCCGGGUUGCGUCUUAUCGCAUUUGCUAAAAUCCUCUCCACGGUGCAUUUCUGAGGAAGGCGCGUCCACGGAGGACGCAGGUUGCGCAGCCCUGCUUUGCGCGCGUCUGGAGUGCGGCGAUGAAGCGGUUUGUUCUUCUAUAAUAUAAUCAGCGGCUAAUUGACGCAAGGGCCUGCCUGCAGUGCUGGCAUUUUCAGCUGUACACUAACACGGGAUAAUACAUUUUUCUAAAGAAAAAAAAACACUAAGAUGAGGAGGCUGCUGGCUCCCUUCUGCAGUCAUCUACAUGGUUUCUGGAGAUGCUGGUGCCAACUGAAGUUCUCUUUUCACUGACUGGAAGAAACCAGUGAGGUGUAGGAUGCGGUCGCUGAAAAAGACUGUGCUGUUGGCCAUCCUGGUGUCUGUGGUACUGGUACUGGCUCUCAUCCAUUCCUGGCCUGCUCGGGCUUACACCACUGUGGAUGUGUGGCAGCAGCUGGCACCUGUUGUAGAAAGGAACGUUGAAGAUAGACUUCCACUGCUGGACCACCAGUUAAGCAAUAUCCCUUUUCAUGUGAAAACAAGUGUAGCAAGCUUGUUGCCUCGUAAUGGGUGUGUUUGUGAGGGUGAAAGCGGAGGAAUAAACCUACCUUUUGUUCAACUCUUGUUCCCACGGGUCUCUGCGCACCCUCUGCAUACUGCCUUUAAUGCCUCAGACUUGGGGGAAAUGAAGACACGGCGGGCGAAAGAGUACGAGAGCUUUCAGAGACGGCUUAAGAGUCCUGCAGAUGUUCUCUUGAUUGCAGAGGCCAACAGUCCUUUACAAUAUCCAACACAAGGACUGGAGGUACGGCCGCUGAAAACGACCAUCAUCCCAGGUUUGGCCUUACAUGACGCUCCCAGAGAUCAUUACACGGUGAGCCUCACUGCCACACUGGGAACCAUUAAUGUGGCAGCAGAGGUAGAUGCAGUGAAAAUCAAAGGGGACGGUGAGAUGCACAUGAGUCUGUCAAGCAGCCUGCUGCCCAACCUGAACCGACAGCUGCAGUUUGUCACCUACACAAACACGCUGUUCCAUCCCAGCACUGUAGACACAGUGCAAUUUAAGACGGAGGGCCAUGAAGCUGCUUUCAGCAUCAAGAUCCGUCACGGUGUCACACCAAAACUUUACAACACUGGUUCUAUAGGAGAAUACAAUGUCAGCGCCCUCGUGACCAUCGCCACAAAGACUUUUCUGCGCUAUGAAAAGCUUCAAAACCUUAUUGACAGCAUAAGGAGGUACUAUCCUACAGUCACCAUUAUCAUUGCCGAUGACAGUGAAAAUCCCCAAACCAUCUCUGGGCCUUACAUUGAACACUACAUCAUGCCCUUUGGAAAGGGUUGGUUUGCUGGGCGAAAUCUGGCCGUUUCCCAGGUUACCACAAAGUAUGUGCUGUGGGUAGACGAUGACUUCAUCUUCACAGCCAAAACCAAGCUGGAGAAACUUGUGGAUGUUUUAGAAAGGACCACAUUAGAUCUGGUGGGUGGUGCGGUGCAAGAAGCCACAGGAUACACAGCCACCUACAGACAGACCAUCUCCAUUGAACCAGGAGAAGAAGAUGGGGACUGUUUACACUUGAGGAGGGGGUUUUAUCACGUCGUCCAAGGCUUCCCUAACUGUGUGGUUACCGACGGGGUCAUUAACUUCUUCUUGGCUCGAACAGAGAAAGUCCAGCAGGUCGGAUUCGACCCACGUCUUGCCAGAGUAGCACACCUGGAGUUUUUUAUUGACGGCCUUGGAUCUUUACACGUGGGCUCUUGUGAUGAUGUCAUCGUCAAUCACGCAACCAAAAUCAAACUGCCCUGGGUCAGCCAGUCUGAGAGUGAGAAGACGUACGCCAAGUUCCGUUAUCCACCCGCCUCCUCCGACGCCACGCGCACAAAAAACGGCCUGCUGUUCUUCAAAAACCGCUUCCAGUGUUUAACUCACAAUUAGCUGUCUGUCUCUUCUGCAUCCAGAAGCUCCCAUGUCCUUGUUGUGUCGCCAAAGAAGCUGCCUUCUGCCCCCCCAGGUCAGAGAAAAUAUGUGACAAACACUUUGGGAGAGCCGUUCUUUCAAACGCUAGGACGGCUUCAGCUUUCACAACAACUUUAACAAUAUUCUUCAUGCUCUUUUCCAAGCAAAAAGCAUGAGAAACCACUUUAACUGUUAAUGUCCCACUAACCUUGUAUUACAAUUAGGAACUAAAACAACUGUAUUUAUAAAAGGCCAACAAGAGCAUUUACACAGCCUCUGUUUUCUGGCAUCUUGUUGUCUUGAGAGUGUAUUUGUUCCGAAGGGUAGGAACCCAAAAGGGUGGCGUGUACGAAUCCAGCAGGAGGAACUUUAUUGGCUGAGGACAACAAGACACUUUUCCAGGAAAGCGACAAUCCUAUUUUCUAACUCCUCAUCGUUUUAACCUCUGUAUCCAAAAUCCUUUUUAUGUCAGUGAUGAAGAACACUCAAAAAAAAAAAAAAAACACACAAAAAAGAUGAUCUCAUCCGUCUGGAAGGAUUGGUGUGAUGGAACCUGGAGGCACGGGUUUGCGGCUGAAUGUGAGCACUCAGCAUCUUCAGUCAGCUUCUGCAGGUGCAGGUUGUAUGGUGGACAACAGGAACCGCUGUUGCCUCAAAGAAGCUUCUGAAUGAACCAAACUGCAUGUUUUUAUUUCCAGGCAAUAAAAGAAAUGAGCAAGGGAAAACAAAAGUAGUGUCAGGAAAAAAGCAGGUCACUAUUACAUCCAUUGAAUAGCAAAAAAGUCCAUUUGGUCGUUGAAGAUGCUUAGCCUCUUAGCCAAGAAGCUCUCUCCAUUGUAAAGUAAACUUUAGAGAGAACAGAUUUGAUUGGUUCUUGCACUGCAAACAGAAGCCCCUCAGAAAUAAGUCCAAACUUUUUGCCAACAUCAGCAGAUUUUCUUUAAACAAGCAAAACAUCAACCAGUGGGAUUAGAAAAAUGGUCGUACCAAGAAUCCUCAUUACAAGACAAAAAUUCUACUCAAACUCAACAUUUUAAUAAACUAAUAUUGUUUUGCUAUUGAAAAACUUUUUAAGGAGAGAUUUUUUUCUAUUUCUUGCAAGAUUGUAAGUCUUUCCACUUUCUCAAGAUUCAGUUUUUUUAGUGUGGAGCAGCGGAAUAUUGUUCCUAAUCUGUCUUGCCUGGAUAAAUAAAGGUUAAAUAAAAUGAAAUGAUGAUGACAAAGUGGCUAAAAAAAAGACCUGAGUGAUCUCGAGUUACACUGAGCUGGGAGUCCAUUGUAGGCCAAGCUCGGGAUUGUCCUGAACGUUUGUCUUCAGCUGGAGUGACAUGGAGAUGGAUUGUUAGCCUCCACUGCCUGAUUAAGCACACACCUGAUGAAACUGGUUUGUCCUGUUUGGACUCGAGGAGUUUUUAAUUGACUCCCGGUUCUAUGUGACCCAGACCACUAAGGUCUUUAUUUCAUCAUCAUUAUCAAGUCCAACUCCUCCCUCCCAGGAACCUAUAAAAAACACUUCUUUUACCUGUUUCCUUUAGAAUUGAGAAAGCCUCUUGGAUAAAAGGGCAAAGUGUCAUCAACUUAAAAACAUUAAAACCAAAUGGACUUUUUUUAUUGACUUUUUCUGCUCUGGAUGAUAAAAUCAUUUCAGAAAUUCAUCAAAGUCUUGAUAAGCAGACUGAGAAUUUACAGACCAGAGGAUGAUCAUGAGAUGAUCCCUGAAGUAAAAAUACUGAGGGCUUUUGUUUGUGGCCUUUAGGGGGCGCCAUUUCAAUGAGUGUUUCUUUCCUACAUAAGAAAUAAGUUUUUAAAUGAAUGGCUUUAUGUUGAAGUUCAAAACAAGGCGAAGAUAUUUAUUUCAGGGGAAGGUUUGUUUGUGAUUUUUUUGGUUUGGUUUAAACAUACUAUGUAACAGAAAUGUGAAUUGACAGCCCUGCUGUCAUUUCAGGCUUUUGUUUGCAUCGGUUUUGUAUUCCCCCGUUUGUUUCAUGUUAGGAUUAUUACCCGCUGACAUGGCACAUCCUUCUCAGAACCGAAUUCAAUUUAUUUUAAGCACUCACAUUCAUUUUUGUGACAAAAAUAAUGUCUUAAUCUGCUUGACUCAACAUCCAUUAGCACUUGACAUUAGGCAUUUGAACACUGAACUAUAAAAAAACAAUUUAUUAUUUUACAGCAAAAAUCCUGGUUUCCCCUCCUGGUUUGGAGGGGAAGGCCAGCAUGGAGAUCUACAUGUGCAUGUCAGUUCUUUGUGCAGACCUGCAAAAACACUUGAUUAUUGACCAAAAUGAUCAUGUUGUGAUCUUGUGAAAUAAUUAAUUCAUUUAAAAUGAAUAACACAAGUUAAAAAAAUGAAUUGUCCAAGGGGCUCUGCCUCUUCAGAGGGAUGGUUGCUUCACUUUACCAACUCUUAGUUAUUCACAUCCGCCCCUUUAGAAAUACUGUACUUCAGAGAUGCAGCUAAGUACUCUCACUAUGAAAUUACUAUAAUCAAAUAAGUAGUUACUGUUGCAUAAAACCAAACCUGCAUAAAUGUAACAUGCAUUUACAAAAGCAGCUCAUAUUCACCUGGAGAUGGUUUCACUGUAACCACAGUCAUGAAGGAUGAUGAAUAAAACAACAGUUGGCUA